UGCGCCUUUCACGAGGCAAGGAAGCGCCCAUCGCGAGAUGAGAGGUUGAGGUUGUAAGGGAGCAAGCGGUCGCCUCGGGAGCCGCUCCUUGAAGCCGGCCGACCCCCGUGUGGGGUGCGUCCGUGGGAACCGCCUCCUCCCCACCCGCAGGACUGAUAUGAGCGCGGUUGGCACCCGCUCCCCUCGACCCCACCGGCUCACGGAAUACUGGGCCGGGAAGGGCCCCGUCCUGGCCUGCCGCGUCCCCUUAUGAGCCCCCUUCCCUUUCCUCAGUCCCUCAUGUUUCAGGCAACACCAGAGGAGCUUCCCCGGAGUGCCAGCCUCCGCUCUCCGCCCGCCUCAGGGCCGCCCAACUUCCCAGCAGCCUGGGAAACAGGCCUCUCGCCUCCCUCCGAGGGAAACGCCUCUAAACAUGUCCACAACGUGACCUGAAAUAACACAAGGACAAGAAGAAAACUGAAGCUCUAUGGAAAUGGAAUUUGCUGUGCUUAAGAAAGUAUGAAGCAAGAUGAUAUGUAGAUGGAAAAUAAAAGGAGACAAACAGCUCUAAAAUAUGAUUUGGGAAUUGUACACCUCGAAGCACAAACUAGUAGCCAUGGUGUCAUGGAAAGGGAUUUACUUUGUACUUGCACUGUUCUUGGGAAGUUUUUUUGGAAGCAUUUUCAUGCUUGCUCCCCUCCUACCAUUGAUGUUCGUCUCCCCAGCUUGGUAUCGUUGGAUCACUGAUCGUGUUGUGGCAACCUGGCUUACACUUCCAGUAGCUUUGCUAGAGAUUGUGUUUGGAGCAAAAGUGGUUAUAACGGGUGAUGGAUUUAUCCCAGGAGAAAGAAGUGUAAUUAUCAUGAACCAUCGAACACGAAUGGAUUGGAUGUUCUUAUGGAAUUGCCUACUAAGAUACAGCUACCUCAGACUUGAAAAAAUAUGUCUCAAAUCUAGUCUCAAAGGCAUUCCAGGAUUUGGUUGGGCUAUGCAGGUGGCUGCCUUUAUUUUCAUUCACAGGAAAUGGGAAGAAGACAAAAAACAUUUUGAAAAAAUGCUGGAUUACUUCUGUGACAUUCAUGAACCACUGCAGCUACUCCUCUUUCCUGAAGGAACAGAUCUAACAGACAACACCAAAGCCCGCAGUAAUGCAUUUGCUGAAAAGAAUGGACUUCUGAAAUAUGAGUAUGUCUUGCACCCAAGAACUACAGGCUUCACUUUUAUAGUGGAACGAUUAAGAGACGGUAAUAACCUUGAUGCUAUCCAUGACAUAACAGUGGCAUAUCCUCAAAACAUUCCACAGACUGAGAAGCAUCUUCUGUAUGGGAACUUCCCAAAGGAAAUUCAUUUUCACGUCCAGAGAUACCCAGUAGAGGUUCUUCCGACAUCACGGGAAGAACUGCAACUUUGGUGUCAGCAGCGUUGGGAAGAAAAGGAAGAAAGGCUGCGUUUGUUCUAUGAAGGCAAAAAAUACUUUGAUGCAUCAAGGAGAAGCAAAAUUCCUCCUUGUAAAUCUGAGCUCAGGGUUAUGGCUGUUAAGUGCAUUUCACUCUUGUACUGGACAUUUUUCACACUGGCUGCGUUUGUGCUGCUAUACUUGUACAACUUUGUACGGUGGUAUUUUGUCUUUGUGGUUGUGAUUUUUCUUAUGCAACACAAACUGUUUGGUGGGCUGGAAUUGAUAGAACUUGCAUGUCACAAUUUUUUUAGUAAAAAAACAGUACACAAUUCAAAAGACUAAAUGUGAUGUUUAUUGUGGGAUGUUGUUAAUACUGUGGACACUUUUUGGAUGUGUCACAUGAAAACAAACUGGAGGAAAAUCAAGUUUUUGCAUGAGAGUCAUUGGUCUUUCUUAAUCCUGUCAUUGGUUAAUUCACUGUCCACUUCCAUUGUGAAUGGAUAAACACUUGGUAAGCUGUAUGACUUUUUAAUAUUUGAAUGUAUUGUCCGUGUUUCUCUUCCUGGCAGCUAGCAUCUGCUUUAUUGCUGCAAAACAAUUUGCUGACCAAUCAACAUAUAUAGCCAUUGACCUUUUUAACAUGUAGCUCUAAGUAACUGAGCAGAUUUGUAGAGCUAAAAUAGUGGUCUAUGAUUUCAAUUCAGCUUUGUCGUAAAUAAAGUGUGAAAUAAGAAAGUCCCAGCACUUUAAAUGACUAAUGUUUGACUUUCUCUAAUUCCCACAUCUCUCACAGAGACAUAGGCUAUGAUACAGUUAUUGUACUUAGCAUCAGCAAAUUUUCUGGUCUGCAGAAUGAGGAAGCAAAACUCAGGACCUUCAUUUUGGAAUCAUUUUAUGGUUUUCCCUUACGCCAUGUUCUAUUCCAGUUUAAUUUGUCCAAAUUGUACACUAUAAGCAUACUUUGAAACCCCUUCCACUGAAAAUUAGUUGAACAUAUCUAAACAGAUGUGAUGACAGUUUUUAAUCUGUAUUCAUGGCUGAGUUAGUCACCAAUAUUUCACAAAUCUUAAACCCUCAUCAUUCCAUCUCAUUCAGACUAACCAUGUCAAAAGACUUGCAACCUCAUCAUACAGGGCUUCUUCGGUGGCAUACGCCAAUUUAGCCCUAGGUCAUCCAUGGAUUCUGUCAGCUCCCAUGACACAGAGGAACUUCCGCUGUGAUCUAGGGUCUAGCCACUUGAUCUAUACUUCCCCCCAUGAAAUCAAUAAAAUCAGGAGCCAGGUGAUGCAGCGUGGGGGUGGGGGAUCCUCCCCUGCACACACACCACGAGGGUCAUCGGAUUCACCAUGGUGUGUGGUGAUUCCAGCAGCAGUGUGACAAGGCUCUUGGUCAUAUUUCUGGGUAUUUCAGCAUCUGAAUUUAGUAGACUGGCACCAUUAACCUCUUGCAAACUGUCCACAAGGAAAGAUAUCUAAUGUAAAGUUAACCAUGAAAAGAACACUAGCCAGAUCAAAACUGAAUCUUAAUCUUGAGGGUAGAUUAUUAUUUGCCCCAUGAAAUCAACCAUAGAAAUAAUCUUAAUAUUUUGCCCUCUGAGGGAUUAUAGCAGUGGUUUUCAAACUUCGUCCUCCAGCAUUUCUGACAGUGACCAAGCUGCCUGGGGCUUUGGGAUGUUUAAAUCCCAAACAUAUGGAGGACCAGAGGUUUGGAGCCAUUAGAUUAUAGAAUAAUCUCAUAGACAUGUGAUAUUUUUGGCCUUGAUGUUUUGUUUCAUUGUUUAGGCAAUGUUUCAGUGUCUCCGUGGCAUAUAGCUAUUUUCAUUACAUCCUAGGUGGUGUUAGUAGGUAGUCUUUUCCUCACUUCUCCCUCAGGCACCAAGUAUGAAGUAAUUGUUCAUUAACAAAACCAAAAAGGCAACACAUAAAAAAGCAUUCAGAUAAACAACUGAACAUUUCACCUUCCUCUGAACACAGCAUGUUCAGUUAGAACUGUACACAGCAUGUUAUAUUACUGGACUAGACUUUCAUAUCUUCCCUCACUUCUCAAAAUGCUAAGGGUUUUCUGAGAAGAAGAAAGUAAUUUCAAAAAUUGUCUAAAAUAUGCCCUGAAUUUCUAACAAAUUGUCUCAAUGGUCUCCUCCUUUAUAGAAUGAAAUGGGUGUUUUGAAUUUGAAUUUCUUCACUUAAGCACUUGUCAUCAUAUAUGAUUCAGCACUUUUUCUUGGGUAGAUCCAAUUCCUACAAUGGUUGCAUAGCUGACGAAAUAGGCCGAGGCAUUUGUCAUGCACUGAAUAUUAGUAAUAUCAGAGCCAUACGCCAGGUUGUGCAGUAUUCUGUGUUGAUCACACUAAAUGUCAUGUCGAGUUCCAUGUCUUUGUUCAGCCUCUAUUGCUUCUGCACUGUUUUUAUAGAUGCGUUUUAUAAAAACUCUACAGUGUACUCUACAGUAAUAUUAAAAGGUUUAUAAUGCACAGUGA